AUGUAUGAAGCGAGAUCUAACUACCUCAGUUUUAAGAAGGCAAAGGUCAAUUUAAAUUUAAAGUCUAACUUGAGUCUUAAGAUUCGCAAAUUACACAUCAAUACUUCACCUAAUCACUCAAAGUCAAGAUAUCGGGCACUUCGAAACGGCUCGAUCGGUCUUCACAGUGGUGGCCAUUAUGCUAUAGGUGGAGAUCCAGGUAAUGACGCAGACGGGAGCUGGGGAUCCUGCAUUCUGGCAUCACCAUGGAAUGAUCGAUCGGGUGUGUUUGCGGUUGCGGGGACGGAGACGUAUCUUAAUCGGCCUGCUUCUCCUAACGUGACGCUCGAGACGAUGGUUAAUGUUGGAUAUGUUGAUAAGAAUCGAUCGAUUGUUAUGAAAGAUAUCAUGAGUACGACGGGUAGACCUUUUUGUUAUGCUUAUACAUGA